AACUUUGACUGAGUCUGUUGUGGAUUUGGUGUUUCAUCAACGGCGCGUGAGCUGCGUGCUGUGGCAUCCUACGGCCAACAACAUCCUGCUGUCUGCAGGCUCCGACAACCUCAUCGUCAUCUGGAACGUUGGGUGUGCCGAGGCGUUAUCAACGUUAGACUGUCACCCCGACACCAUUUACUCAUGUUGCUUCAACUGGGAUGGCUCUCUCUUACUCACCACCUGCAAAGAUAAGAAGAUCAGGAUACUCAACCCCAGGAAUGGCGAGAUCUUCGAAGAAGCGACGUCACACGAAGGCAGCAAAGGCGCACGGGCUAUUUUCCUGAAGAAUGGCUUGGUUUUCACGACGGGAUUUAGCAAGCGAUCCGAGAGGCAGUACAGCUUGCGUGCUCCCGGCCACAUGCACGACCCCAUCACCACGGUGGACCUGGACUCCUCCAACGGCGUGAUGUUCCCUGUCUAUGACCCGGACACAAACCUUGUAUACCUCUGCGGCAAGGGUGAUAGUGUGAUCCGAUACUUCGAGAUCAGUGCGGACGUGCCUUUCGUCCACUACAUCAACACGUUCCAGCUGCCUGAUCCUCAGCGCGGCAUCGGUGUCAUGCCCAAGCGCGGCGUUGACGUCAACUCGUGUGAAAUCAUGCGCUUCUACAGACUCAACAAUAAUGGCUUCUGCCAAAUCAUAUCCAUGACCGUGCCGAGGAAGAGCGAGUUGUUCCAAGAGGACCUGUACCCCGACACCCCUGGCGACAUCCCUGCCCUCUCAGCCGAGGAGUGGUGGGACGAAAACAAGAAUGCUGAACCUCUUCUCAUGUCCCUCAAAGGUGGUUACCAACCGACACAAAAAAGUGACUUGAAAAUCAGUAAGAGGUCAGGCAAUGUUUUGGACCGCGCGCCUGCUUCAUCUUCGUCCGCGUCCUCUGGAGCUGCUGCUUCUGCUGCAGCCUCGUCGUCGGUGUCUUCCUCGGGGCCGUCACGAGGCGGUGACGAUGGCAAGGCCCUUGAGCUCGCUCAGGAAGCGCUGGAUAAAGUAGCGCAGGUAAUGAAAGUCAACGAUGACCUGAAGAAAAAAAUUGACGACCUCCAGACGGAGAUGAAGAAGUUUAAGGCAGUCUUCCUGAAGCAGGAACUGGAUAAAAAUCCACCAUUUUCGCGAUGA